AUGCCUACAGUGGUCUUAAUGGACGUUUCCCUGUCCAUGACACGGCCAGUGUGUCUGGAUGGCAGCGAGGAGUUUCAGAGGAAAAACCUGGCCGUCCACGGACUCAACAUGUUGUUUGAACACAUGGCCUCAAACUAUCGCCUGGAAUUCACGUCACUGAUGGCCUUUUCUUCACUCUGGGAGCUAUUGGUGCCAUUUACAAGGGAUUACAAUGCAUUACAGGAGGCACUCAGCAGCUUGGAAGACUAUGACAAGACGUGUAUUGAAUCGGCUCUUAAUGGAGUUAGUAAUGUAGUUCAGCAGGAGUGGGGAAGUGCCUGUCCCUGUCAGGUGGUGCUUGUUACAGAUGGAUCUCUUGGCAUUGGAAAGGGUUCCCUCCGUCAUUCUCUCCAAAGCCUGAAACACAGAGGAGAUGACAAAAAAUUCCCUCUUCCUUUCCCUUUUCCUACCAAAAUGUUCAUCAUGUGCAUAGCUAAUGCAGAAGAGUUACAAAUGAGUGAUGCCAUGGACAACUUAGAGGAGCUGCUUCAUCUCAGUGGAGGGGACGGACAGAUCUUCACCAUGGAUGGGCCACUUUGUAUGAAAAGUGUUCAAUCGAUGUUUGGGAGGCUGAUUGAUCAUGCAUACUCCCCCUUCCAUGCGGUGCUACACUGUGGGAACCUGUCAUCAGACGUUCAGGUGUUCCCUCGCCCUGAGCCCGUCGUGAUGGAUGAGGAGGUGGAGCCCAUGCCCCGCAACGUCAGUACAGAUCUGGAAAUUAUAGGCUUCAUUGAAAUUGCUGACAUUUCUAGCCCUCCGGUGAUAUCCAGACACUUGGUACUUCCUAUUGCUGUAAACAAAGAUGUGGAUGAAAUUGGCACAGGAGCCACAGAGGAGCUUGAGGAGGAACCCUCUGCCAGCCAGAUGGCAGGAAAAAGCCCAAAUUUCUGUGUCCUUCUGCAUGGAAGUCUGAAGGUUGAGGGAAUGGUGGCACUGGUCCAGCUUGGCCCAGAGUGGUACGGUAUGCUGUACUCUCAAGCAGACAGCAAGAAGAAGUCAAACCUGAUGAUGUCACUGUUUGAGCCUGGUCCAGAGCCUCUGCCAUGGCUGGGCAAGAUUACAUAUUUGGGACCAAUUUCAGAGGCUGCUGAAAAUCCCUAUGGAGAAGAUGACAGCAAGAGCCCGUUCCCUGUGCAGCCACCGGUCAAACGGAGCUAUGCUCAGAAUGCCACUGUGUGGAUCAAGGCCAGUGGACUACAGACCGAUGUCCAGAAGAUCCUGAGGAAUGCAAGGAAAUUACCAGAUAAAACUCAAACCUUCUAUAAGGAGCUGAACCGGUUGCGGAAGGCAGCCUUAGCGUUUGGUUUCUGGGAGCUCUUGAAGGGAGUGGCUGAUCUACUGGAGAGAGAGUGCACCCUGCUGCCAGACUCAGCCCAUCCUGACGCUGCCUUCCAGCUGUCCCACGCCGCACAGCAGCUCAAACUAGCCAGCACUGGCGACUCUCAGUAUGCUGCUUUUGAUCAAAACAUUGCUCCCAUGCACACCGACUUCUCCAGCUGA